AUGGUAAAAAAUAUAAAGAGAUACCGAAAACAGCUUUCUAAGGCACUAAAUCCGAUCGCGGCAGUUGACCAGAACGGCAAAUUCGUGUACCUAGAUUUCAUCCCGACCACAUACCUGCUUCCACAGGACUACACUCUGUUUGCCGAAGAAUUUAAGAGGAAUCCUCGCGCAACUUGGAUAGUCAAACCUAGCGCCAAAGCACGUGGUGUUGGUAUUUUCAUCGUCAAUCGGCUUUCACAAAUCAAAAAGUGGGGUAGGGAAGGUCGCGCUGCAAAUAAAAACGCAUUUUCAUUGCCGCAUGUGACACGCGAAACGUAUGUCAUUUCCAGGUACAUCGAAAACCCCCUCCUUAUUGGUGGAAGGAAAUUUGAUCUUCGCAUGUAUGUUCUCGUCACAUCGUUUAGACCGCUGAGGUGCUACGUUAAUAAGCUUGGUUUCUGCCGUUUCUGCACAGUGCGAUACGACAAAAGAGAAUCCGAACUGGGAAACAUGUUUGUCCACUUGACAAAUAUUUCAAUUCAAAAGCAUGCUGUCGAUUAUAACCAUCGUCACGGCGGAAAGUGGAGCAUCCAUAACCUUAGGCUCUGGCUUGAAGGCACACGAGGUAAAGAAGUUGCGGAUAGGUUAUUUAACGAGAUUUACUGGAUGAUGUAUCACUCUCUACAGUCUGUCACGGAUGUAAUCAACAAUGACCGCCACUGUUUUGAGUGUUACGGCUAUGACAUCAUCAUCGAUGAUAAAUUAAAACCCUGGCUAAUUGAAAUAAAUGCCUCACCGUCUCUAAGUUCAACAACUCAACUCGACAGGAUAAUGAAGUAUAAACUUAUCGAUGAUGUGUUAAAUAUUGUCGUCCCGGAUAAUCAGGUCCCAGAUACAAAGGUUUCGAAACCCACUAAAGACCUGUCUCUGGGAGACUUCGAAGUUCUAUAUGAUGAAGAAGAGGCACAAGCCGAGUCAAAUGCACAUACUUCUCGAACAUCGACAACACAGACGAAAAAGCCAUAA